ACGUGGGGCUCAGUUCGUGAGUCGAUUGGUAAUUUUUCUAAGCCUCCGGGAAUAUUCUAACCCUCAUUUUUACGAUUUUCGGGGUUUUCUCGAUUUCGGGGCCUCCUAAAACAAAAGGCCCACAGCCCAGUUAGCCAUUCCUGUACCUGACGGUAAGGACUUGCUGACAGGCACAGUCACCAGCGUAGUUCAUGCGCCACCGCUACGAAAUUAGGCAGUUGAAGGUGUCCCAUAAGUGUCGACAAUCUGCUGUCGAAUUCUCUCCUGUAUGAGCUCACUAGCUCGAAAGCUUCAGCACUUCAUUUCCGUGGAUUCGUUGAACUGGUUGGACACUUCCAAACCUCCUUUGAUCAUUGUUGAUGAUAAAAUAUGGUGAAGUGGUGAUUUAUUAGUACCAGUGAACAGUGAAAAUGCCAGGACAAGAUUCUGUUGUUGUUCCACCGCCUCCCAUCGAAGGGGAAGACGUUGCACCGUCUUCACAGCCCAUUGUCGGCAUUAUCUACCCUCCUCCGGAGGUUAGAAAUAUUGUCGACAAAACCGCGAGCUUUGUCGCCAGAAAUGGUCCUGAGUUCGAGUCCAGGAUUCGUCAGAACGAAACAGGAAACGCCAAGUUUAAUUUCUUGAAUUUCGGCGAUCCAUAUCAUGCCUAUUAUCAACACAAAGUCAAGGAGUUCAAGGAAGGAAGGGGACAGGAGCCAUCGGUGGGCACAGUGGGUACAGUUAGGGGAGUCACUCUGAGUGCUCACCAGAAGCAACAGGAGAUCCUCAAGCAAGUGGAACAGCCUUUUAUACCGAAGGAUCCACCAGCUGAGUUCGAGUUUAUCGCAGACCCACCUUCAAUAUCUGCCUUAGAUCUAGACAUCGUAAAGCUGACGGCGCAGUUUGUAGCUCGAAACGGUCGUCAGUUUCUCACGAAUCUGAUGAACCGUGAGCAGAGAAACUUUCAAUUCGACUUUCUGCGCCCCCAACAUUCCCUCUUCCAGUACUUUACGAAGCUCCUGGAGCAGUACACAAAGGUCUUGAUUCCCCCGAAGGACCUCCUCCCUCGUCUCCGGGAGGAGUCCACCUGGAUGGACAGUAUCUUGGAGCAGGUGAAGUACCGAUCAGAGUGGCUGAAGUACCAGGAGGCCCAGCGCCGCAAAGAGGAGGAAGAACUUGAACGCGAGCGCGUAGCUUACGCCCAGAUUGACUGGCAUGAUUUUGUUGUCGUGGAGACUGUGGACUACCAGCAAUUCGAGGUCGGCAAUUUUCCAGCUCCAACGACCCCAGACGAAGUGGGAGCCCGAGUACUGAUGCAGGAGAGAAUCGAGGAUGGGGACGAUGUGGAGAUGCAGAUCGAGUCUGAUGGGGAUGACGAAAUGCCUCAGAGAACAGAAACUGAUAGAGAUCGAUCGGCGAAGGAUAAUAAUCAGGUCCAGGACAUGGAGGAGGAUUCCAGUGACGAAGACACACCGAACGAGCCUCCAAAUGCCCCUGGCAGCCGAGGAACCAUGCAGCCUCCACCACUGCCCCCAGCCCCAGGGAACGUGAUCAUCCGCAAGGGUUACGAUCCCAAGCAGCACAGCCAGAAGGCGAGACCAGUGCCCUCAGACGUCAUUCUGGUGUCCCCCCUAACGGGAGAAAUUCUGGGAAAGAAGGUGGAGGAGCACAUGCAUAUUGGACUGUUGGACUCUCGCUGGGUGGAGCAGAGGGACAAGCACCAGGAGAAGGUGGACCAGGAGUCGGUUUACGCCUCUGGAGCUGCUGUCAACGCCUCCUUGAAGCACUUGGCUGAGAGACGUACUGAUAUUUUCGGUAUUGGAGACGAGGAGACGGCGAUCGGUAAGAAAAUUGGUGAGGAGGACACAAGGAAGGACGAUAAAGUCACUUGGGAUGGACAUACAUCGAGUGUUGAAGCUGCUACUAGGGCUGCAAGGGCUAACAUCACGUUGGAGGAGCAAAUUCAUCAGAUUCAUAAGGUAAAGGGUCUCCUCCCCGACGAGGAGAAGGAGAAAAUCGGUCCUAAACCGGUGACAAGUCGAGCAGCAGAGUUGAAUCACAUGGCAGCAGUUGCCUCCAAGCCCCAGGCUACCCUGAAGGCCCCGCCCAAGCCCCCAGUGCCAAAGCCCAUUCAAGUCCCCCAACAACCGCCACCUCCGACCAUGACAAUGCACAUGGGAAUGCCCCAGGCGCCAAUGAUGCCUCCUCAGCCCCCCAUGAUGAUGAUGGCACCAAUGCCACCCAUCAGGCCUCCACCCCUUAUGACACCGUCAAUGUCUCCCUUCAUGCCCGCCCCACCGGUCAUGCAGCCACCGAUUCCCCAGCAAAUGGGUAUGAAGCAUCCGAUGGAGAAUGCUCCGGAGGAGGAAUCCCCCGCGAAAAAAGCCAAGACAGAGGACUCCCUCAUCCCUGAGGCGCAGUUCCUCGCUAGGCAUAAGGGACCUGUCCAGCUCAGCGUUGUCGUACCACUCAUGACUGAUAAACCUGAUUGGAAGCUCAAUGGACAAACUCUCAGCAUCACUCUCCAGCCGAAUGAUACUGUGGCUACGCUCAAGGCUAGUAUCUGCGAGAUGAUUGGAAUGCCUCCUGGGAAACAGAAGAUCCAGACCGAGGGGAUAUUUUGUAAGGAUCUUAAUUCCCUUGGGUACUACAAUCUCAGUAGUGGGAGUGUCGUCAACCUACUGCCUAAGGAGAGAGGCGGUAGGAAGAAGUAAAAUUGAAGAUUUAUUGUUAAUAAUCGAUGGAUUUUAAUCGACUGUGGAAGGUAAAGCUUUUGAGUAUUAAAUCGUCUGAAUUAAAUGAAUUUCUAAUCAGAUUUGAUAAGUUUUACUUCAUCACAGUUACGAAAUUGAUAAGAGAUUCAAUAAAAAAAAAUUCAGUGAAAGAUGAAUUAAUAGAAGUGGAACUGAAGAGGUGGAAGUAAUUGGGGAAAAUGAGGGGAAACGAAAGGGAUUUCUUGGCUCAUAAAAAAGUUUAUGACUUGAUAAUUUUGCUUAAUCAUCGAUCAAGAAAUUUUUGGGAAAAAAAAUUUAAUAGUUUUGUGUGGAUGUACGGUAUGAGCUGAUUCAGAGGAAUAAAUUUCGAUUUUUCGGAAUAAAGUCAA